CUUGCAGACGGUCAACGGCGAACAGUAUUUUACUCUUGCUUCUUGUUAAUGGCGGUCUUUUGAUCGAAGUCGGAACGUCUCUCUUCGAUUUUGCUUGUUAUUCAGUCAAUCACCGCAUACGUUUCGUUCCGGAAAGUGAAUUGUGAUUAUCUACUGCGGUUCCGUGUCGUUUUCUGGUGUACAAGUGCUUACCGUCUACCCCCCUUAUGGUGAAAAUUCUAAGCCUCAAAUAGCAAAUUAAUAGAGUGCAAGUUUUCGUGUCUCGGACGAGGCGUAAUCUGCUGUUUUCUGUUUGAAAAGGGAUUUGGCAAACCGUAGUGCAACACCUGCGACGUUUUCUAAGCAGCAACAUGACCGAUAUCCGGGCAGCGCUUGCUGCUCAGCAGAAUGGAUCCGGUGCAACCGGAAGCCCGAAAAUCGGGGGUAAAUCAAUCGAAAAAAUCUAUCAGAAAAAAUCCCAACUGGAGCAUAUUCUACUGCGUCCCGACACGUACAUCGGUUCUGUCGAGCACCUCAAGGACACCAUGUGGGUGUACGAUACGGAGGCAAAUAAAAUGGUCCAACGGGAAAUCACAUAUGUACCCGGGUUGUACAAAAUUUUCGACGAAAUCUUGGUAAAUGCGGCGGACAAUAAACAACGUGAUGCUAAAAUGUCGGCAAUAAAAAUUGAUAUCAAUCAGGAGACGAACACCAUUUCGAUCUGGAACAACGGGCAAGGUAUUCCGGUGGUAAUGCACAAGGAAGAGAAAAUGUACGUUCCCACUAUGAUUUUCGGUCACUUGUUGACUUCCUCCAAUUACAAUGAUGAAGAGGAAAAAGUGACCGGUGGUAGGAACGGCUUCGGAGCUAAAUUGUGUAAUAUCUUCAGUACUAAGUUCACUGUUGAAACGGCCAACAAGCAGUACAAGAAAUGCUUCAAGCAAAUUUGGGGUGACAACAUGGGGAAAGCUGCUGAGCCGAAAAUACGGGAAGACUAUACCGGAGAAGAUUACACUAAGAUUACGUUCUCACCGGAUUUGAAAAAGUUCAAGAUGGAAAAACUAGAUGACGAUAUCGUCGGGUUGAUGUCGCGGCGUGCGUUUGAUGUGGCUGCUUCAACACGAGGCGUUAGUGUUUUCCUGAAUGGAAAGAAACUUCCCGUGAAGACAUUCAAGGACUACAUCGACCUGUAUCUCAAGGAUCAACAGGAUGAGAUUGGAGGAUCGGUAAAAGUUUCCUAUGAGAAUGCAAACGAACGCUGGGAAGUGGCCGUAACUCUGUCCGAUCGAGGCUUUCAGCAGGUUUCCUUUGUCAAUUCGAUUGCCACUACCAAGGGUGGUAGACACGUGGAUUACAUUACGGAUAUGAUUGUAAAGCAGCUGAUCGAAGUGCUGAAGAAGAAAAACAAGGGUGGCAUUAACAUUAAACCAUUCCAAGUUAAGAACCACAUGUGGGUUUUCAUCAAUUGUCUGAUCGUCAAUCCAACUUUUGAUUCGCAAACAAAGGAAAACAUGACUCUACAGGCGAAGAGUUUCGGUUCGAAGUGCACCCUUUCGGAAAAAUUUAUCACCACCGUUUCCAAAAGUGGAAUCGUUGAGUCGGUUUUGCAAUGGGCAAAGUUCAAAGCUCAAACCGAACUCAACAAAGCGUCCGGUUCGAAGAAAUCCAAGAUCAAGGGUGUUCCAAAAUUGGAAGACGCUAAUGAUGCUGGUUCUAGAAAUUCAUUGAACUGUACGCUGAUCCUAACGGAGGGAGACUCCGCCAAGACAUUGGCUGUGUCCGGUUUGGGUGUAGUAGGACGUGAUACCUACGGAGUUUUUCCUCUACGCGGUAAGCUCUUGAACGUACGUGAAGCUACUCACAAGCAGAUUUUGGAGAACGCUGAAAUUAACAAUCUGAUUAAGAUCGUCGGUUUACAGUACAAAAAGAAAUACAUUACGAUAGACGAUUUGAAAACCUUGCGCUACGGUAAAGUUAUGAUUAUGACUGAUCAGGAUCAGGACGGUUCUCACAUUAAAGGUCUGCUAAUCAAUUUUAUCCACACGAACUGGCCGGAAUUGCUGCGUCUACCGUUUCUCGAAGAGUUUAUCACACCGAUUGUGAAGGCAUCCAAGAAGAACGGCGAAGAGCUUUCCUUCUUCUCGUUGCCAGAAUUUGAAGAGUGGAAAUCGGAAACGGCGAACUCGCACACCUACAAUAUCAAAUACUAUAAGGGUUUGGGUACUUCCACCUCCAAGGAGGCAAAGGAGUACUUCCAGAACAUGGAACGUCACCGAAUCCUGUUCAAGUAUGACAGCAGCACCGAUGAUGAUGCGAUUACUAUGGCAUUCUCCAAGAAAUGCAUCGAUCAGCGUAAGGAAUGGCUCACGAAUCACAUGGAGGAGAACCGCCAUCGCAAACAGGUUGGCCUUCCGGAGCGGUAUCUGUAUACCAAGACAACCCGCGCCAUCAGUUACAAAGAGUUCGUCAAUCUCGAGUUGGUACUUUUCUCGAAUUCUGACAACGUCCGUUCGAUUCCGUGCAUGUUGGAUGGCCUGAAGCCCGGUCAGCGCAAAGUCCUGUUCACCGUGUUCAAACGUAACGACAAACGCGAAGUCAAGGUCGCUCAGCUGGCCGGAUCGGUCGCGGAAAUGUCCGCCUACCAUCACGGUGAGACAUCGCUGUGUUCGACUAUCGUCAAUCUGGCGCAGAACUACGUCGGCAGCAACAACAUCAAUCUGCUGUAUCCGGGUGGUCAGUUCGGUACCCGUUUGUCCGGUGGUAAGGACAGCGCCAGCCCUCGUUACAUUUUCACCAUGAUGUCACCGUUGACGCGGCUGAUCUUCCAUCCGUUGGAUGAUCCGCUGCUGGAGUAUCAGUUCGAAGACAACCAGAAGAUCGAACCGGUCUGGUAUCUGCCGAUCAUUCCGAUGGUGCUGGUUAAUGGAGCCGAAGGUAUCGGUACUGGUUGGUCAACCAAAAUUCCAAAUCAUAACCCACGGGAAAUCAUCACCAAUCUGCGCCGCAUGCUCAACGGAGAAGAACCGAAAAUUAUGCAUCCAUGGUACAAGAACUUCCGCGGUUCAAUCGAAAACGUUGGCCAUCAGAAAUACUUAACCGUGGGCAACCUGUCCCUGCUGGAGAAUCAGAAGAUCGAAAUCUCCGAGUUGCCUAUCGGUGUUUGGACCCAGGCAUACAAGGAGAACACACUGGAACCGUUGCUGCACGGAUCGGAAAAGCAGAAAGCCGUGAUCUCCGAUUACAAAGAGUAUAACACGGACACGACGGUUCGGUUCGUGGUUUCGUUCUUGCCGGGUGAAUACGAUCGGCUCUAUUCGGAGGAAGGUGGCUUCCAUCGGGUAUUCAAGCUAGUCAGCUCAACCUCGACUACGUGUAUGCACGCUUUCGACGAUAAAAAUUAUCUGAAACGUUACGAACAUGCCAACGAUAUCUUCCACGAGUACUACAAGAUUCGGCUGGAGUACUACGGUAAGCGCAAGGCGUACCUCGAAGGUAUGUUGCAAGCUGAAGCCGACCGCCUGACAGAUCAGGCUCGUUUCAUUGUGGAGAAAUGUGACCGAUCACUAGUUGUUGAAAACAAAAAGCGGAAGGUUCUGAUCGAUGAACUGAUCAAGAAAGGUUACCGGCCGGAUCCGGUAAAGGAAUGGAAGCGAGCCAUUGCUAUGGAGGAGGAAGAAGCUGAUGAGCCAGAGGAGGAAGAGGGUGAUGGCGAAGACGUCAAACCCGGCAAACCUAAGAAGCCUGUAGACCCGGAAAAGGCAUUCCAGAAGCUAACCGAUGUUAAGAAAUUCGACUAUCUGCUUGGAAUGUCCAUGUGGAUGUUAACGGAAGAAAGGAAGAAUGAACUGUUGAAACAGCGCGAUAACAAGUUGGCUGAGUUAGCAUCUCUCAAGAACAAGACCAUGGAGAUGUUGUGGCAGGAUGAUUUGGAUGCGCUCUUGAAGAAGUUAGAUGAAACCGAAGAGAAAGAACGCUUGGAUGCUAUCAGCACGGAGAAAAAGUUGAAGGCGGGUGCAGCGAAGACUGCCGGUCGUGGUAUUAAAACCCUAGGAAAGAAGGUAGCCAUCGAUGAUACCAAACCUAGCGCCAUGGGCGAAGAGGUUGUUUUCAAGGUGACCGAGGAGUUGAUUAAAAAGUACGAAAAGUCCACAGCUGUUGCAAAUCCAAGGGUCAAGAAAGAAAAGAAGGAACCGGGUGAGGGCGGUGGCGGCGAUGAUGAAUUUGAUGCUUUGGUUGAAGGUAAAAAACCGAAGGUGAAGAAAGAGCCAAAAGAACCGAAAGAGCCUAAAGUUAAGAAAGAGAAGAAGGAGAAAAAGGAAAAGGAUGGCAUGAAGCAACCGAAGCUGAACUUUGGUGCAAAGGGCGCUGGAAAAGGAAGGAAGAAGAAGACAUCUAGUAGCGACGAAGAAGGUUUGUCCGAUGUUAGUGAUGACUUUGGAGUGGCAGUAGUGGUCCCGACACGCGAAAAAACAGAGAGGCGAGCUGCUUCAAAGAAAAUAAACUAUUCCUUCAACGACGAAGAGGAGGAUGAUAACUUCGACAAGUCGGACGAUGAGCUGUUCGAUAACAACCCGGAAGUAGUAUCGGGUGGGGCUCGAACGGCACCCGGCAUGCUUGAUGAUGACAGUGAUAUUGAGGAAUCCGGAGGCAACGAUGUGAUUGCUCUGGACAGUGACAAUGAUUCACCGGUGAAGCCCAAGAAGCCGGCCGCCAAACGAAAACUAGGUCCAAAGACAGAUGCAACGGUCAAGGCACCAGCUGCUAAGCGUGGCCGUAAGAAGGCCGGAGCCGGCAGCAGUGAGGAUGAAAAACCGAAGAAGAAACCUAAGAAGAAGAUGGAUAGUGAAUCCGAAGAGAGCGAUGAAAUAUUCGAUGAUGACUCAGAUUUUGAGUAAAUCCUCAGUAGUUUCUUACCUUUACCCCAAAAGGAUCGCAAUUCAAGGUGACGUGCGAGCUCAGUUCGGACUAUUCCGUAGAAAGUUGCACGUGAGUGUCGCAGUUGGAGAUAAUACGAUAUUUUUCACCGCAACGUACACGUCUGAAACAGUACAUUGGAGAAUAGUUGAAGUUCAUAUAAUUUUGACCAUCCACAUUUUCUCUAUUCAAACAAAACAGAUAUUUUUUAGCGCAUUACUGACAUAGCUUACCGUUAAAGACUAGAAUGUAGUAGUAUUCAUCCACACCUAGCGUUUAAGUAAUUUAUACAUUCAUUUGUAAACCGUGUUUGUUUUUAUUACUACAAAACAAAUGUAUGAACAUAGCAGCGACAAGAUUUGAGCCUGUAUGUAUUUGUGUGUGUGUAAGUGGGCUGAGAGAUUGAAAGGAGGAUAAUUUUUGUACAAGUAUUGGUGAUUGUAUGAAUAAAAAAACCGUUUUGUCUAUGGUAUUGGCAACCAAACCAAAAAUCUCUGCAAAUGGCUUAAGUUAAAUUGGGUUUUUGCGCUCCUAAACAGUUUUACCUAGAAAAUUAUUGUCUCAAAUGCAUGCGUAUGGAAAAAUGUGUGAGUAAACAUGUUCAACUUAAGCAGCAAUCUCGUUUUUGCGAAAGGAAAUGUCCUCUACUCUAUGUAACAAGAGCUGUAGAUAUCACCAUGACAA